AUGAGUGGAAUUAAACGAACUUUGAGUGUUGAAGAUAAUUUCCUAAUAACAGAUAUUAAUAAUGAACAACCAACAAAUUCAAACAGUUCUCCAGAUUCAAAAAAACUCCGGCGUACAUCAGUAAAUUCUGAAAAUGAGGAACAAACUCAAAUAAUUGAACAAGAAAAUGGCAUUAAUAAUGGUCAUUCAACAAGUCAAUCCGAAACCGAAGAACACGAAAUAGAUAACAAUUUAGAAGACAACUCUUCUGAUUGUUCAGUUAUUCCAGCCGACUUUGAUAAUGGAACAGAUGAUAUUUAUCGAUAUGAUGGUAUCAUUAUUUUUCAUACUCAUAUCCCACCGCGAGGACGAUAUGCUCAAGUAUCAAGUGAACCAUCCAUAAUACGAACGUUUGCAUGGACACUAUUAGCAUCUAUACAACCAACUUAUGAUAACUCUCAACAUACUCAUACAGAAUCAUUUAGUCUUUUUCUUAAAUGUGAACCAGACAAAAAAUAUCAUGGUUGGUCUAUAUUUGCUAAAGCUGAAUUAACACUUUUACAUCCAACAAAUACAAAUAAAAAUAUUGUUAGAAAAAUCAAUCAUUUGUUUACUGUACGUUCCGAUGAUUGGGGUUUUCGUCACUUUAAAUCAUUAAAAGAAAUUUAUAGUGAAUAUAUGCACUCGCCAGAUAAUACAAUUCGAAUUGAAGCAAAAAUUCAUGCUGAUCCUCCACGAAAUGUUGAAUGGGAUUCAAAAGGUCAAACUGGUUUUGUUGGUUUACGCAAUAUCGGUGCAACUUGUUAUAUGAAUUCGUUUUUACAAACAAUUUAUUUUACUAAGAAAUUACGCAAGCCAGAUGAAUUUUGUCAGCAUGAUAUUCAAGAAUUUUGUCGAGUGUUACUCGAUAAAUUAGAAUCAAAAAUGGAAGGUACAACAAUGGAAGGUGUCAUUCCAUCACUAUUUCAAGGACAAUAUGUGCAAUAUGUACGAUGCACAAAAGUUUAUCAUGAAUCUCGAGUACAACAAACAUUCUAUGAUGUUCCAUUACAAAUACGAAAUAAUGCUAAUAUUAUAGAAAGUUUUCGAGAUUUUUGUAAAACUGAAAUAUUAACCGGUGAAAAUUUAUAUGAUGCUGGCUGUAUUCAUGGUUUACAAGAAGCAGAAAAAGGUGUCAAAUUUCAACAUUUUCCUCCAGUACUUUGUUUACAUUUAUUACGUUUUGAAUAUGAUUAUAAUUUAUCUCAAAACAGAAAAAUAAAUGAUAGUUAUUCAUUUGAUUAUCAUCUGGAUUUGAGUGAAUUUCUUGAAAAACCAAAUUGUUCAUUAUGUUCAUAUAAAUUAUUAUCAAUAUUAGUGCAUAGUGGAGAUAAUUCAAGUGGACAUUAUGUUUCAUUUAUUAAUCCCGAAUUGGAUGGACAAUGGCUUAAAUUUGAUGAUGAUGUUGUUGCGCGAGUAGCACCAAGUGAUGCAAUGGAAAGAAAUUUUGGUGGAAUACAAGAUGAUGAUGGACGUAUGUAUAAUACAUCCGCUUAUAUGCUGGUUUAUAUACGUGAAGAUUGUCAAAAAGAUAUUUUAUGUGAUAUUAAUCUAGAAGAUAUUCCAGAAAAUUUAAUAAGACGAUUUGAUUAUGAAAAAAAAACACUUUUAAAACGUCGUGAAAAUAUGUUGGAUAAUGAUGAUCUAGUUUACAUACAAAUUAUUUUAAAUACUGAUUUUUAUAUUCAACACGCAGCUUGUUUAAUGGAAAUUGUUUAUGAUAAUUCUGUAGAUUUUCCAAACAAUAAACCUUGGUCACGGUAUAUAAAAGUACGAAGUUCAGAUUUAUUCAGUAUCUUUGCACAACGAUUAGCAUAUGAAAUGGGAGUCAAUCUCAAUGAAGAUAUACGAAUAUGGAUAGUUAAUACUCAUAAAAUUCAUACAAAUCAUCAUCAUUAUCAUUCUCAAUCGUUACUUACUUCUACACUUAUUUAUUGUGAUGAUUAUAAUAAAAAACAGAUUAUCGAUGUAUUUCAACAUCAAAUAUCAAAUCAACAAAUAUUAUCGAUAUUUGUUGAACAAAAAACAUUUCUUAAUGAUGUUUAUCAAUUAUUACCAUUUGAUAAAAAUGAUGACAUAUUAAUAUUUGUUCGUUUAUAUGAUUCUCGAGAUGAAUCUCUUUUGUACAUCGGUCAUUUUCUAUUUUCCAAACAACAAUCACUUCAAAAAUGUUUCAAUGACAUUGCUCUUCGUAUUAAAAAACCAACAUCUUCUUCGACAAAAUUUAAUGUUCAUCAAAGUGUUUCAAAACAUAAUCAAGUUUAUCAAUAUGAAUCCAUAAAAUCAUCAAACUUUGAUUUACCAUUAUCUCAAGCACUUCAUCCAUGUUCAUCUGGUGUCUCAAUUAUAAUUCAAAUAUUGGAUGUGAAUCAAGCACAUAACGAGAAAUAUUCUCUAACUUUAGACGAUUAUUUUCAAAAUCUCUUUAAUCGUCAAGAAUUUCAUUUUUGUAAUCGAGAUAACUUACGAAAUGAAUGUCUUUUUAAAUUAUAUCUUCCAUUGGAAACAUCCAUUAAAGAAGCUAUUAGAUUGAUUGCUGAACGUAUUAACUAUCCAGAAGAACAAAUUAUUAUACAAAAAUCUUCAAAUUCAGCAUCAAUAACCAAUACGACACCUUCAGCGUCAUUAUUACAUAUUAGUAGUGAACAAAAAGUGAAAGAUCUCUAUUCAAGCACACGUUUUACAGUAACAACACCUCGAAAAAUCUUCUUUCAAAGAUUACCGUUCAGUUAUACUGAACUUGAACAUCGUCGUUUAUUUCGUAUAUUUGUUACAAAUUCAACAAAAAAACAUGAGCAACGCGAAGUGCAAUUUUAUGCUAAAACAUCCUCAACAAUAGCUGAUUUUCUUAAUGAAAUUAAACAAUGGAUACCAACGUUAUGUUCUGAGAAUGGUAGUCAACAAUUACGAAUACUUGAACUAACUUUAAACAAUGAUAUAAAUCUUCCAUUUCGUCUUCGUAUAUGUCCAGAUCAAUUAACAAUAGAUAAAUUUGAUAAUUGUUCAAAUCGUUAUUAUCAUUUAGAAGAAAUUAUUUCUGAUGAAAAUGAUCAUAAUAAAGAUUCUGUAUUAAUACCUGUUGCUCAUUAUACGAAAGAAAAUUUUAUACAAAUAACUUUUCAAAAAUUUUUUCCAUUUUUUCUGAAUGUGAUACAUAAUGAAUCAUUUGAUGAUGUUAAACAUAGAUUACAAACCAAAUUAGGUCUUACUAAUCGUGAAUUUGAAAAAUAUCGUUUUUCAAUACUUAAUGGUAGCAAAUUAAUAUCUCGAUGUGAUGACAAUAUGGGACGAAUUAAUUUACGUGAACUGAAAUUGAUACACAAUGCAUGUUGGCUUGGCUUAGAAUUACCACUAAUAUCAAAUCCACGAAAAACUAGAAAAUCACUUUGUUCAGAAAAACCGAUUCGAAUAAACUAG